CGGCUGCAUCAGAGACAGGAAGUGCAAUGGAACAGUGUGCACAACAGUGAUACUUCUCUGUGACUUCUGACUUCAACCACGGGUGAGUCCAUCUUCUCCUCAAAUAGAUUGAGGGGAAACUCUGGAAACAGCAGGAAGGAAAGGGAAGCUUUGGAAUCCAGUGAGGCAUCCCUGCUGUCAAAGCUACAGCUUGAGUGAGUGAGCAGACCGGACAGAAUAUGCCUGUUCCUCCACCCCCACCAGCUCCCCCGCCUCCAACCUUUGCUUCGGCAAAUAUUGAAAAACCAAACCUGUCCAGAACUGAACAACAUGGAAGAAAUGCUUUACUCACAGAUAUCUCCAAAGGCGCCCGCCUAAAAAAAACUGUCACCAAUGACCGUAGUGGUCCAAUACUCGAUAAGCCCAAAGGUGGAGGCGGAGGCGGAGGAGGAGGUGGUGGUGGUGGUGGUGGUGGUGGAGCCCCAGGUGGACUUGGGGGACUGUUUCAGGGUGGGAUGCCAAGACUAAAAUCUGCAGGAGGUGGCCCUGCAGCCAGGCCACCUAUGCCACCCACUGGAGGGAGAUUCCCAGCACCAAGUGGAGGAGCUCCUCCUCGUUUGCCUGACACUCCUGGGCGAACAAAUAUGAACAGGGGCAGUACUCCACCUGUGCCUUCCCCUUCAUCUGCCUCUCCACGUAGUUCACAUACUGGUGGUCCUCCAUCUUUACCUGGAGGUCGAUUCCCAAGCUCCCCUUCAACACCACCAGUACAACCAGGACGGCGCCCCAGUAUUCCUGUAAAUCCUGCUCCCCCUGGCAAUCAAACAUCUUUUCCACCUCCACCUGUUCCGUCUAGCGCCCGUCCAUCUUUUAAUGCAUUUUCUUCUGGAUCCUCAAAUGAUUUUCCCCCUCCACCACCAACGGUUGGAGGAAACAGGUCCUCGUUACCUCCUGUUCCCUCAGGUGCCCGGCCUCAUUUUUCCACAACCAGCUCAGAUGAUUUUCCCCCUCCGCCACCACUGGGAGGAGGAAACAGGUCAUCGCUACCACCACCUCCUGUUCCCACAGGUGCCCGGCCACAGUUUUCCACAGCAAGGUCAGAUGAUUUUCCCCCUCCACCGCCACCUGCAGGAGGAAACAGGUCAUCAUUACCACCUCCUGUUCCCUCUAGUAUCCGGCCUCACUAUUCCGCAGGCAGCUCUGAUGAUUUCCCCCCUCCUCCACCAUCCACAGGUGCGCAUAGGCAAUCAUUACCUCCAGUUCCCCCUAGUAGCCACCCUCCAUUUCCUACACCUGCUUCUAUGUCAGAUGAUUUUCCCCCUCCACCACCAUCUGUAGGAGGAAGUAGAAAGUCAUUUUCUGGUGAUGGGUCAUCACUACCACCACCACCCCCCUCAGGAAAUAAACCAGGACAAAGAUCUGUGGGUGGUGGCCCACCACCACUCCCUUCAGGAAGAGGAGAUCUGCCGCCACUACCCCCUACACCAGCAAAGGAGCCAACCAGUACAGCUCCUAAAAGAAAUUCUUUCAGUAACCCACCACCUGUCCCACGGACUGGGGGGUCUGCCCCACCACCACCUCCACCCAGUUCAAGACCCCCACAAGCAGGAAAAGCCCCAUCUAUACGAUCUAAUCCUCUUCCACCUCCACCUCCAGGGGACAGCAGAGGAGGUCCUCCACCUGUACCUCCUCCUAAUCACCCUAGUGGUACUAGAGGAGCUGGCAGACCUCUUCCUCCACCAGAUAAGCCUGGGGCUUCCAUGGGCAACGGCUACCAGAGCUCACCUCAAAACAGCACAAAUGAAUGGGAGACGAGGUUUUCCUUCCAUGCAAUUUCUGAGCUGCCCCCACCUGAUCCUUACAUUCCCAGCGUUAAGACAUACCCCAGCAAGUCUGGAUCAUUACCAAGGGAAAGAGGAGCUCCUCCAUUGCCUCCACUACCCAGAUAAACAAAAAUCAUUCAUGCCGCUGCUGUAUUACUAUUCAUUUCUUAAGCACAGCCUCAAAGUACUUUUCAGAAUGUGGCUGAGUUUUUUUAAAUCCACAUGCAUGUAAGAGUGUGAUCUCUCUCCCCCUCUCUCUCUCUCCUUCACACACACACACACACACACACACGCACA